AUGAUGAAAGUAGACUCAUAUCUAAAUUCAGGGCCUCAGCGGUCUACAGAUGCUUGUGGCAUUGCUCCUGGCCUGAGUGCAGAGCAGUUGACUUCGCUGAGUUUGAUCCGGCUGGCAAGAGUGACUGUCGACUCCCUGGUCGUACCACCAGGCAGUACAAACACCACACCCAGAAAGACUUCAAUAAAAGGGAGGCCUCCUCGACCACUAACCAGCAAGAAGUGCACUUAUUUUAUCGAGUACGUGUUCCCGAUCCCUUCCUCUUCCAGUCGACAUGAUCGCAGUAAGGGAGGAGAUGGGGAGGUGACCAGAGCUGUAGCCAGUAAAGUAACAGGAGGAGCGGUGAAAUUCCACCAGCACUCUGUGUUUCCUGUCCACUUCAGUACAGCAGCAGUUAAACAAUGGUGGGAAACUGAUCUGAUUUUCACAAUUUACUCACGAAAGAAUGACCAAAAGAAACCUGUUCCCAUUGGUAAGGCGGUUCACCCACUGCGCUCUCUGCUGCAGAGCAAGCAGCUGAGUCAGUCUGUCGUCUUACAUGUACAGAGCGUGGAAGUAAAUAAUGAAACACAAGAAAUUGGACCUCUCAAGGUGUCACUAGAACUUGCUACAGACAACAAAGAUUUCUCUGAAAGGAGUAUAAGCAAACUGGCUAGGAGAGGCAAAUCCCCUUCAAAAACUGCACCAAGUCCACAGCGAGAGACCAGCUUCACAUCUCAACAUGUUGACCUUGGCAGGAAGGAGCUACUAGCUAGCUCUUUUGAAGACUCCAGACUGAACGUUUGGAGUCCUCAGAAACCCUCGAAAGAACCCUCUCCCCAUCCUGGCCUCCACACAUCCCCUCAUAAAUCACAGCAUCAGGUGGAGGAGUACCCUGAGGUCCUGCUGCACACCUUACUCAUGGUGCCAGAUGGAAAGAACUUCAACUGCGGGCCCAUGCAGGCUCCAAACGUGUACUUGAAUUGUAAACUUUUUUGGUGCGAUGAGACAGCACGAUCUGUCAUCAGCUGGGGUCAGGCAAAUCCUACUUUCAACUUUGUUCAGGUGACUCCUGUGGCCUUGACAGCUAAGCUGCUGGAGCGGAUGAAGAAUAAUAUGAUGGUAAUCGAGGUGUGGCAGAGGACAGGAGGCUCACGGCAGGAUCAACUCCUUGGCCUGGUUAAAUUACCUCUCCACCAGUUCUACAUGUCAUUUAGGGAUCCAAAGAUUGCCCACCUUCUUCUGCAGGCGCAGUACCCUGUUUUAGGUGUGGACUGCUACAUGCCAGUCAUUGAUGUGUUCUCAGGUAGCUCUAAAGGGAACCUAAGGGUUGUUUUGGCUCUUGGCCGAUCAGAGCAGAUAGUUGCCCUCCAGCGCACGAGGAAUGAAGAAUAUGACAAUUUAUCUCAUCAUGUGAGACCACUUCAUCUACUUGAACACCAGCCACAUUCACAAACAAAGGUGAUUGCAGCGCAAGCAGAAACUAUGAGAGAGCACCUGUUUGUGAUAAGAGUGGAGAAGUUAAAUGGGCUGACACCUCUGCAGUCCACAGUGUGGGGUGAGGCUGACUGCUAUAUCCAGUACAGUUUCCCCUCUCAGGAGGGUGACCCUGCUACAAAAGUGGACCAAGACCUCAUAGAGAGCAGCGUGAACCUGAAGCUGUUUCGUACGACCACAACUCUGUGUGUCCCUGACCCGAUGUUUGGCCACACUGAGACUCAUGUGCUUCUGGCUCCUGAAGGAGUGCCUGUUCAGAGGCUGCUGCUCAGCUCUCUUUCAAGUCAAGGCCUAAGCAGUGGAGGGGGUGUCCAGUUUGAAGUGUGGUGCAGAUAUUAUUAUCCAAAUGUUCGAGACCAGCUUGUGGCCAAAGGAAUGCUUCCAUUGUCCAAACUGUGUGCCAUGGUCACCAUGCAGAGACAGCAUCCCAACGAGGCUCAAAUGUUCUCCCUGCCCCUGAUUCCCAGGACAGACAGUCCCACAGGACACCAGCCUCAACCCUCAGGCCUGCUGGAUGUGUGCAUUCGGUACAAGCACCGACCAGUGAGACCUGAAGGGCAGACUGGUAAAGGAUCUGCCUCUCGCGUUGUGACACUCGUGGUUCAAGUGCACAGAGCAUCAGGUCUGCAGGCCGCAGCAAGGGUUGUAUCUGAACAGGAUGAAAGAUUCAGCUACUUUGCCAGUGUGGGAGUGAACACAUACAUCACAGUGCAGCUCUCCUUCCUGCCUGAGAGUGUGCGGAGGAGCACCCGCAUAGCCGCGAGGACCUUCUGCCCGGAGUUCGACCACCACAUGGAGGUGUCCUGUGACCUGCUGAUUCAGAGGAGCAGUGGAGAAACCUGCAGCCUGGCUGAGCAGCUGGAGGAAGCGACUGCUGUCUUCACUGUAUGGAACAGAGACAAUCGCAAAGCAGUGCUCACUCAUAAGCCAAAGGAUGUGAUGUUGGGCACAGUGAAAAUACCACUGGCCGAUCUCAUCCAUAAAAGAACAGGUAUUUCCGGCUGGUUUGGAGUGUAUGUACCUCAGGAAACAAGUUCUUCUCAGCAUCAGCACAUCUUGGUCGGGGGCCUCGAGAUCUCUGUCAACUUCGCCCACCACUCAGACAGGGAAAGGGUCAUUAAAGCUGCUCAGGGUGUGGGCUGGGGAAUAGCCCAGAAUGAAAUGCAAGAUGAUGAAGAAGCCUGGGAAGACAGCAUGAGAAAAAUGUCUUUGACUUUUUCAAUGCCUAGAGCGUGGAUACCUGUCCACUGCUUGCUUCUGCCAGGACACAGGGCGAUUUUGCGCUCGACUUACUGCUACUUUAGGUAUAAGUUCUACGACCAGGAUGCCUUCUGCUCCCAGAUGAAACACCCCACUGUUGAGGGUGGGGAGGGAGGCCAAGCCACUGCCACUUUCCAGGGAAGUAGAACUGUGGAGCUAAGGAGCACUCAGCCCUUGAUGUGGUAUCUUCGAGAGGAGAGGCUAGAGGUUCAGGUAUGGAUUGCCUUUAAAAAAGACAAAACCCAAAGACCCCGAGACACAGACCGACUGGUGGGUUCAGCGUUUAUCGACCUAUCCUCUCUUGCAAAGACGCCCAAGCAGAAGCUUACUCUCAGUGGAGUCUAUCCACUGUUCAGACGCUCAGCAGUGGAUCUACAAGGGGCUGCUGUCAGAGUGCACAUCACCCUGACAGCAGGUUUCGUCCCUUUGAAGGCCUCUGCUGGAGUUGACACACAAGUGGACUCGGACAGCCAGGGGGAACUCUUACCAGAAGAGGAAGAAGCAGCAGAUAGAUCCCCCUCGCCUACUACACCCAAACAAUCACACAGGGAAAGCAGACACAAGAAUAAAUCCUCCAGAACAACUCCAGACAUUACAUCUGUGCAGCACACAGCAAUGAGCACAGAUGAAUCUUUCCCUGUGACUGUUACAGUGGACCGGGCGAUGCACCUGAAUCUGAAAGGCUGUCCUCUAGCAGAGCGCAGUGAAGGGUCACCAUGCUGCUGUGUUUCAUACGUCACUGCCGACUCAGCUGAACCAGCGUCCACAGCUGUCAUAGCCAACACUGACAGCCCUGUGUGGGACCAUCAUCAUGAGUGCAGGCUUUCAAAGCAGCUACUGGUUGAUCCACAACAAUCUCUGGUGUUCAAAGUCUGGCACAAAGGGGAAAUGGAGAGGGUGAUUGGAUUUGCUUCUGUAGACCUGUCUCCCUUACUCUGUGGGUUCCAGUCAGUGUGUGGUUGGUACAACAUCACAGAUUUCAGCGGUCAGUGUCACGGUCAACUCAAAGUGUCCAUCACUCCACUAAAGGGGAUCCAAGACCUCCGAGGACAGAGAAAAAUUGUGAAUGAAGAACCUUCCAAAAACACGUCGGCACUCCCUCUCACCUACCACACCACAGCCACAUACAGCAGCUUCCCCUCUCACAUCAGCCGAUACCCUGAGCAGAAGAUCUCGUCACCUGACCACACAGACAGGCUGUUCUCUGAAAGGUCUAGUGAGAGUGACCGCCAUUUUGAACACAUGGACAAAGUACGUCUUUACCAUCAGAGUCUGCAGGAGCAAACAGCAGCUAAUUCUGUCGGUGGCAGUGUUGGCGACAUCGAUCCCUCCAGCUCAUUCCUGUUUUCAGCACUCAGGAAUAAACUAAGUGAACUCGACAACAUCCAGAGAUACUUCAGUCGCAAGCUUUCAACUCCCAUAUUCCCGUCCAUGACCAAGCAAGACUGUCACACCAAGCCUGAGGAACAGAGGAACACAGAUACAUGUCAGCUUUUUCUCAAGUCCAACCAAUUAGUUGGAGAAGUCAACAAUAUCAUCAGUGGUCUACGAGGAGAACACCUAGACACAAUUCCCUCAAACACACAGAGCAGCUCAACAACUUCCCCUGUUGCAGACAUCGAUCCUCAAACUAUCCCUGAGAGUAUCUCCAGUCGACGCAGAUCUUCAAAUUCUUCCCAAGAUGAUGUGUCUCAUCUGCUCUCUCCAUUGGCAAAGAUGUCUGAAGACCAUAUAGAGUCUGAGCCUGAGGAAGAACAACACAGACAAAACUACAACGUUGCUGCAUCGGAGGAUGAAAACGAAGAAGGUGCGUGUGAAGAUGAAGAUGGGAAAGGUUGCAGACAGGACAAAGAACCUGAUGACGACGAAGAGGAAGAAGAUUACGAAGAGGUCGUGGUGAAGCCGAGACAUCUGAAUGAGGUGACUUCUUUAACAGACAAAACCAGUCCCUGGACCAGCAUUCUGUCAGACCCUGACAUGAUUUCUCUGGAGAGCUUCGAGGCAUCAGAGGAGCCGGACCACAGCCAGAACGAGGACGGGAAGCCGCAGAUGACAAAUCUCCAAACUUAUGACUGUAGUGUGAAACACAGAUGUGCCAGACGAGAGGAAAGGGACAGUUCUAAUGGAUCAGCAGGAGACGCGUCAGACACAGACAGAGAGGAUGAAAGGACACUACAAGCUUCAGAUGAGAGACAAGCAAAAGAAUCCAAUGAGAGGUCAGCUUCAUCACCCACAGAUACCCAUGAUGCUUCAUGCUCCCUGGACAAUCAAGACACUCCACUGCAACCCUCGGUACAUGUGGAGGUCCCUAAUUUCUUCCUCCCCUCUCACCAACUGGAGGCAUCUAUGAGAGUCAUACGAUUAGCUCCUUCAUUCUCCAAGUCAACCAGUGACCCAGGCAGAAGCUCUCCAGUUCACGGCAGUCAACAUCUCAGAGGUCCUCGACAGCGUCCCAACAUGUCGCCAUUAUCCAUGAAGAAAGAAACUGAAAGAAUAGCAAAAAUAUUUGCAGCUCACUUUGACGACAAGCAGUAGUUAGCCUACGUGGUGGUUUUGUGUGCUAAACAGUUAUCACAUUUAUAAUAGUCAGUGUUUUCAGACCAUGGAAAGAUCAUGUAAAUUAAAUGUAACAUUUGUAUUUUUAUAAAUAAAUAUUAACUGGAUGUGUUUUUUGUA